UUCCGUCAUUUAAUCAUUAGCAAUCUUUUCCAAAAGGCAAGCGUUCGCUUUGCAGUUUCCUCCGCUUCAAUUGUGCUGUGCAGUGAAAAAUCAAUUCCACCAUGGACGCAUUCGGCGAUGGAAACUUCGAACAGCAGGAAAUCGAUCCGGCGGCCGAGUUCCUGGCCCGGGAGCAGAACGCCCUCGCCGGACUGGAGGACGAAAUCCCUCCCGUAGAUCCCGUUUCUGCUGCGACGACGGCAGGAAACGACGAUCAGAAGAACGAUGACGUGACUCAGCCCCCCAGUACAGAUGUGCUAGGAGGGCUCGAGUUCGAAUCGAACGGAAGCUUUGAGAUGAUCAAUUCGGACUUCGAAGCCACUCAAACGCAACCCGCUGCUGAUGAACAGCUGCAACAACAGCAGCAACGAUUGGACGGGGAUGAUGCCUUUCUGGAUGGUGAUUUCUCGUCCAACGUAAACGCUAAUAACCAACAAGAAGAUGAUAAUGAUGAUUUUUCAGGGUACAGAGUGCCCGUCGUCCAUCUCGAGGAACCGGAGAGAAUUCGCAAGUGGCGCGAAGAACAGAAGGCCCGACUGGAGCAGAAGGACCGUGAGGAAGAGCUCAAGAAGGAAGAACUGCGGGAACAGGCCCGCAAAGAGCUCGAGGACUGGUACAAGCACCACGAUGAAGCAAUCUCUAAAACCAAAGCCGCCAAUCGAAACGCCGAGAAGCAGUUUGUGGCCGAAACGGACGAAAUCGAGCCCGGCACCGAGUGGGAACGCAUCGCCAAGCUGUGCGACUUCAAUCCGAAAACGAACAAAUCGAGCAAAGAUAUCUCCCGGAUGCGUUCGAUCAUCCUGCAGCUGAAGCAAAAUCCGAUUGCCACCAAUGGCAAAAAGGUUUAAUAGCGAGGACACCCGACUCGAAAGCAUGUACACUACAUGAUGCCACGCCUUGUUCUGUUAUAGGAUAAGCCGCGAACUGUAGUAGGUGUCCCGAGAAGAUUCGGUUCGGUCCUAGGAAGCCGAACAGCAUCAAUCCGCUAGCGGAUUAUGAUAUAUAGAUGAACCUAUACACAAUACACACCUAUAUAUAAAAGAAGUUAAAACUAUUAUGAAAGGAAACAAAAUCAGAAGAGAGAAAGACGUAACAUACACUCAUAGAAAAAUUGUGUAAUUUGGUAGAGACGCGUGUUCACGAGAGGAGAGGAAAUCACAACCUUAUAUUAACUUUAAGAUAACAACUAAACAAAGCUAGAGACGACAAAUGAAGAUAGUGAAAAAUACACAACAAAACAGAUGCAUAUAAAUAAGUAGAGUAGUGGAAAUUAUUCGAAGAAAAAGAAACAAAAACAACACUAGCAGUUUAGCGCUACCCAAAAUAUUCUCUUUAUUAAUUUUAUCAUUUCACUGAUCAUAUUCGCGGCAGGGUUUUUGCGUUUUGUUUAUUUUUUUUCGUAGCACUUCGACUAUUUAAAUUGAACUUUUUUUUUUCGUGCCGACUGAAAACUGAUUCUGCUGUGGCUUAUUUAUUUAAUCGAAAAGUAGCAUUUUUUCGCGCUUCUGUUAUCCUCUUUAGUUGGUAUUUGCAGAUUUGGUUUUAUUAGAAUACGUUGAAAUUGCUCCUACAGGAAUCACACUAUUGCUCUACAUAUGUUGGUAGUCACACAUAAGGUAGUUAAAAAUACGAUCUGUGUUCAGCUGCUUCUAAAAAACGGUUAUACUAUUUCCUCGUGCGUUCGCAUCUAAAUCGAGCUACAAAACUUUCACCAUUCCGCUCACAAGCUAUUUGUAUCGUAUUUUGAUUUGGCCCAUCACUAAAAUGUGAAUAUAUAAUGUAUUAGUUUAGAAACUGAAAACGUCCUUUAAAAAUCGUCGUGAUAGUAGAUUUUUGAUGCAUUCUUCCAUGGUGUGCUUUUGUGUUUUCUUUACCACCGCACUAUCAGGGCCCUUGAAUGUUUCACACGAGACUAGCAUCUCGAUCGACAACAGCGGGUGUUCUGUUUCAGUUUCGUUGGACAUACUCGAUCAUACGCGAACUAAUCAUUCAAUAGGUGGGCAAUAUUAAGUUUAGAAAUUCAUGCGUUCCCGGAGACGUUAUGUUGGACGUGCUGAGUCCCUUUCCCCAAAUCAUUGCAACAAUUCAUUCAGUGCACUCUAUUACAUAUGGUAUAAAUAAACAAAAUCGUUAAUCGUAAACCCUGGACAGAACUAAGCAUACAAAGCAAAUCGAAGAAGAAAACGCGAGAGGUCAUUAAUCAAUCGCCGUGUAUAUGAAUUAAAGUAAAAUCUACUUGCGAAAUCAAACAAUAAAGCUAAAUUGUUGAAAAUAAA